AGACAAUAACAUUGUCAAUAUUGUCAUCCGAGUGCCCCUGGUCCUGGUGCGAGAGUUGGUCCAGUCCUGGUCAGGGCCUGGGUAUAAUGUGAUCUAGAGGUCUUGGAGUCUUGUCACCCUGAACAAUCCUCUCCACAGCUUUAAUAUCGUCGAGUGUUAAAUUACACAAUGGAUGUAUGUAUCUGAAAUGAUGUCGGACAGUACUCCAAUGCAGGAUGAAAAUCGGUGCAUCGGGGGUCUUAAUGUCGCGCUUGCAAAGCGUACCCGGCAAUCUCCUAUAAAGAGAUCUACAAGUGAAACUAGCAGCUGCCAACAAUCUCAAAAUGAAGAGGACUUCAUUUUUUGGAAUGAUAUCUACCUUAAGUAUAAAGUCAAAAGGUCGCGCAAGAACUUGAAGACCUUGAAGAAUCUCUGCUUCCAGAAAAUUACACAUUUGUCCCUAGACGGAAAUACAAUUUCGUUGGACCGCGUUGAAAAUGAGCUGAAAGACAGCAUGCUGGAAUACCUGAAGGCCAACAAUCUGAGAGUGCCAGAGCAGCUCGCCAGGCAGCUGUUGCAUGCGGACAGCACCUGGAUGGACUUUGGACUGGUGCAGCGGGGUCUGGAUCAAAUGCUCGUCUGGCAGCACUUGAUCUGCAAUUGCCCCUUCAUCUCAGUUCUUGUUUGGAGGGACUACCACGGCAAGCCUUACACGCUGCUGCCCAUUCCGGACAUGCUGAACUACCUGCCACUCCUUGAGCACAUUGAAAUGCCAGACUUUUGGUGUGACAUACAAGCGUUGACGAUUCUUGCUGAACAAUACAGUCAGCAAUUGAGGGUGCUGCAUGUAUCGCUACUGAAGAUGAACCGUGAUGAGCUGCAAAUGCUGAGUCAGCUUAAGUGUCUGCGAGUGCUGGACUUCCACGGCAGCCGUCUGCCGCCCUCAGAUUUAAAGAGGGAUAGAGAGGUGAUGUCAGAGCUGUUGAAAGAAUUGCCUUAUCUAGAGGUGCUGUGGCCUUCUUACCCUGAGACCUGUGUACAAAGUGGAUCGCUGGAGCUGCUCUGGAACCAUAUCCAAAUCCAAAUAAAUUUAAAGCACCUACGGAUUGGAGACAGGCUCAACUACUGGCCACAGCUGGUAACCGAGGUUGAGCACUUGUAUAUCUGUGGUCAACCCAGGAAGGACACCAUCCACUACGUCAAAAGCCUCCAGAAGUUGCGGAGCUUGAAUGUAAAGACAACCUCACUGAGCUGCCAAACCUGGCUGAGACAAAUGCUGGAGUCUGUCGGACCGCAGCUGACUGAGUUGGUUGUCGAAAUCUUAUUAGAAGUGGAUUAUGAUGUGCACCUGAGCUUCUCUUGCAUCAUUAGCAUGUGCCCUAAUCUAGAGAAAUUGCACAUAAGCGGAAGAGUGACAACCCUACAAGCAAGCGAGAUUAUGAAUCACGUGAACGUGAACAACUAUCGAGGGCUCAAGGUGGUGAAGAUGGACCUGUCAGGCACCUUCUUUCAAAGCCAAGUCCUCAAUGACGUGAUCACCUUCGCAGAUGACCUUGAGGUUCUCAGGGUGGGGCCCCUUAGUGAGCUGAAGGGCACUGGCUUUCUUGAGAAGAUUCUUUUUAGGGCUUGCAACAAACCCAGGGGGUUUGAUCGAUUGCGUGAGAUUUGGAUCACGCUUGGCCAUCCGAAGGUGUCCGCCGAGUUAUGUCAGGUGCUCCGGCGCGUUGCCUUCUGCGCUCCUGAACUGAACAAGAUUUACAUUAACGCACACAUGCAAGACAGCUCAGCCUACUUCUCUCAGCUACAACUGUUCUUCCAGCACUUCAUGCCGCAAAUUGAUCUCCUCAUUUACUAAAGACCUAAAAGCUAUACAGUAUCCACUCUGAAGUACAUCAGUUUAUUUAGGUGCACGCAAAAAAAGGUUAUGAUUUUCAUUCCAAAAUGAUUUCUAACUAUUAUAUAUAUGCGCCUUAAUUUUGAACGUGCUUCAAUGAUUGAAAGGUGUGGUUUAAUCGUACAACACAUUUAAACAGUUUGAGAAUCAGUCUUUUUUAUAGUCCUAAAUUAUAUGUUCAGUCUCUGUCUCUAUAUUAGCCCUGAUGUCAUUGAAAUAAGUUUGUAUAAUGUCAAAAAUCUUUUGCGGCAUCGUAAACACACACUGGUCUAUUCUUGUUAAUGAUGAAAAGUUGAUGGAAACUGUUAUCUGUAUCUUUGUUUUGAAGUGAGUACUUUUUGCUUAAUUUAAUGCGCAUCACUUGAAGAAGUGCAAGAAGUCUCCUAAGAUUAAUUUUAAAUUGUAUAGUUAUGUACAGUUUUUCAGUUCACUUGUGUGUGGUUACUAACUAAAUGAUUCGUUCUUACAAGAACCCUGGUUGAGUAAUAAUUUAUGAUACAGGUCGGAGCCUCUUGCGUAAUACAAUGUUGCAAAAUUUUGAAAUGGAAAAAUAAAAAAAUGAUAAAAGCUGAA